CCUUAUUUUAAUGGCAAUGUCAGGUUUGUGUAUCUUUCUCAGUAAAGUCGUAAAUUUGUAAAUAACCUGUUAAUAUUCUUUCUGAAAUGAAUCACCUGUCGUAACCCUGGAAAUGGUGUGACUGAUCUUGAAUUUAAUUGUUAUUAUUUUGUUCCAAUUCGGGGUUAAACGUAUUGAAAGCCAAAGAUAUUGUAGUCAUUGACUCAAUAAUUGAGAAGCUGGAUGUAGACCUAGGUCAGCAGAUGGCUCUUAUGCAAAGCUGACACCACCAGUGCUUUUGUGAGAUAGCAGUCGAUUCAACUAAAUCAAAGGGAUCACCAUGGCUAAUGCACCAACACUAUGUAAUGACAUUACGGAGGCUCAGAGCCUAUUUCCACAACAGGGACUCUAUCUCAAGCCAAUCUCAAAGUUGAACAUCACCGUUCAAAUGCCGCAACUCAAAACUCCUGGAAAAUCUAUUUCCAACUGGGAAGUCAUGGAGAAACUGAAAGAAAUGGUUAAACCGGACCCGUUUAAUAUUCUGAAAGUCACGAAAAGUGCACUUGAGUUUGUGCGAUUCGAGGCGGAGAUGGAGAACAAGAGUGUGAUUCCACCAGUGAUAGCGAGACUAGAUGGCAAGACGAUGAAAUUAAGCGGCUUCACGGAGCAACUGAAGAUUCGAGCGUGUGAAAGCAAGGUGCCUUUUCCUUCGCGACACGACUGGGAGUCUUUCUUCCGAGAUGCAAAGAACAUGAACGAAAUGAGGCCAGGUGAGAGACCUGACACGAUCCACAUGCAAGGACUUCCAACUAAGUGGUUUGCGGACCGACACAAAAAAUUGAAGGACCGCCCUAGUGACUUCAUCCUGCGGCAAGUGUUCUCCACGUUUGGGGAAGUGAGAUGCGUAGACAUUCCAUGCUUGGACCCAUAUCGCAGGGAAAUCACAAACCUGCAGGGCAUUCAGACAUUUUCUUUCGGACAGGACCUGUUCUUUGACGCGUUUGUUCAGUACAAAGAGUACGUGGCCUUCGUCCGGUGUAUGACAGUGCUACGGGGCCAGAAGAUGUUAUUUAAGGAUGACGACGGGAAAGCCUACUCGGCUAACAUUAAGAUUGACUUUGACAAGACCAAGCACCUUGGCGAUAAGCACAUUAGGAAACGAAGGCUAGAACGUGAGAAACUAGAUCAGUUAGAAAAAGAGAGAGAGGACAGAGUUCGUAAGGAGAGGGAGGAAGAAGAACGAAAGAAAGAGGAGGAAAGACGAAAGAAAGAUGAAGAGGAAAUUGAAAAGGCCAAGAAAAAGAAAGAGAAGUAUGACAGAAAAAAGUUUAGACAGAAAACGAGAGAAGAGAAACGUUGGCAACGUAAGUUAACAAAAAAGCAAGAAGAUGAGGAGCGAAAGGUGAUGGAGAAAAUAGCAAGAGAAGAGAGGAAGAUUCUAAUUGCACAGAGGAAGCUAGAAUCUAUCCAUCUGCUCACAGUUCUGUUUGAACGAAUAAAGGAAAUUAAGAUUAAGGAGGACCUUGCACAAAAGGUAAGGGAGUGUGAGCUGGAACGGUUAAGACAAAUAGAGGAAGAGAAACAACGAAUCCUUGAUGUUGAGAAAAGGAAAGAAGAAAACCUAAAGUUGAAGCAGGAAGUAUUAAAGAAAAAAGAAGAAGAACUUAGGCAGAAGAUUAUGCGUAAUUUCAAGAGGAAGCAGGAGGAACAAAGCGACAAGGAGCGAGAAGAGUUGCGAAGGAAAAUCCACGGAACGACACGUUUAAAAUCUGUGCUUGUCAGUGAAAACAACAAAUGUAAGAAGCCAAAACUCAAGAGUGUGCUAGCUAGUAGGUAGUGCUGUCAAACAUUACUCCUUUAUGACAGUAUGAGGAAAAGCCAAAUUAAUUCUUAUAGAAACCAUAUUCAUAUACUUUGUAUAAAUAAAAUGCAGGUCUUGGAUUGAAUAAGAGAAAAUAUGUUCCUGACAUGACACAUGUGACAUUGUAAUAAUUUAAAUGAAAGCCUUCAUUUCAAGUAGGUUGUCAUGUUCGUGAUGUUAUAUUCAUUCUAGCCCCGAGUGGUUGUUAUGUUUUGGUCAGUGUAGGAUUUUGUAGAUGGGAUUCUGCUUGGAAAGUCGGUGAGCUCUGGCUUGUCAGUACAGUCUUCAGUCAGUGCAAGAAGCAUUUAUUAGUCAAUUUGUGAUUUGGUGAGCAGUGCACUUAAUGGCCAAAUCUUGGUCAGUGAACAGUGCAAAUGGACACCAGAUGUUAGGAAAUUAUCUCAGGCUUGCACUGACCUGCAGAAAUUCUGUGCAUUAGAAACGUCUGUGCUGUGUCCACGUUUUGUAGAAAACAACAAGAUGAUAUACAAUUCUUUAUUAUCUGAAUAGGAACACAAGUUAAAGUAAUUUAGAUGUGAUUUCAGUCGUGUUGCGGAAUCUCAAUUACACUGCCGUUUCAGGCGUGAUAUAUUAUUUGCUAAUGAUUUUGUUGUAAAUUGCUGUAAAUUGAAAAAGUUUCCAUGUCAUAUAAAUAUAUAUUUAAAAAAGAUCUACCCCAUCACAAAA